CCAGGGGCUCCUGAAUGGCACUUCUGAAUGCAGCAGUACUUUACGCCGGCUUCUUUUGCUUCAGCACAACUUAUGCUAGCUCCCCCUGAUUUGGAUUGCACCCUUAGUUACUGAACAGACUAAGGUGAUCAGGCUGGAUUUGGUGAUUGCUUUGAAAAUAGUUACGACGACAUUGGCUGAUAAAGACACCAUCACAAGACAUUCCUUUGGUUUUAAAACAGUUCAUAGUGAUAUUCAUCAUGAUUACUUCAGAGUUACCAGUCUUACAGGAUUCUACAAAUGAAACUACUGCACAUUCAGAUGCUGGUAGUGAACUGGAAGAAACUGAACUGAAGGGGAAAAGAAAACGCGGUCGUCCUGGCAGACCUCCAUCCGCAAAUAAGAAGCCUCGAAAGACUCCAGGAGACAAGUUUCGUUCUGAAGCUGGAAUUAGAGGAACAGGUCGAGGAAGAGCUAAUGGUCACCCGCAGCAGAAUGGAGAAGGGGAUCCUGUCACUUUGUUUGAGGUGGUGAAGUUGGGCAAAAGUGCUAUGCAGUCUGUAGUGGACGACUGGAUUGAAUCAUAUAAACAAGACAGGGACAUAGCACUUCUGGAUUUAAUCAACUUCUUCAUCCAGUGUUCAGGAUGCCGAGGCACUGUACGGAUUGAAAUGUUUAGGAACAUGCAAAAUGCAGAAAUCAUCAGGAAAAUGACUGAAGAAUUUGAUGAGGACAGUGGCGAUUAUCCACUUACAAUGCCUGGGCCACAGUGGAAAAAAUUUCGAUCAAAUUUUUGUGAAUUCAUAGGAGUUCUAAUACGACAGUGUCAAUACAGCAUCAUUUAUGAUGAAUAUAUGAUGGACACAGUGAUCUCACUUCUGACUGGUUUGUCAGAUUCACAGGUCCGAGCUUUCAGGCAUACCAGUACUCUUGCUGCUAUGAAGCUUAUGACUGCUCUUGUGAAUGUUGCCUUAAACCUGAGUAUUCACCAGGAUAAUACACAGAGGCAGUAUGAAGCUGAGAGGAACAAAAUGAUUGGUAAAAGAGCCAAUGAGAGACUGGAGCUGCUCCUUCAGAAACGAAAAGAGUUGCAAGAAAAUCAGGAUGAAAUUGAAAAUAUGAUGAAUUCUAUUUUCAAGGGUAUAUUCGUCCAUAGAUAUCGUGAUGCUAUUGCUGAGAUUAGAGCUGUUUGUAUUGAAGAAAUUGGAGUGUGGAUGAAAAUGUACAGUGAUGCCUUCCUGAAUGAUAGUUAUUUAAAAUAUGUUGGUUGGACACUUCACGACCGACAAGGUGAAGUGAGGUUGAAGUGUCUGAAAGCUUUGCAGAGUUUGUACACCAAUAGAGAAUUGUUCCCCAAAUUGGAGCUAUUUACGAAUAGAUUUAAGGAUCGCAUUGUAUCAAUGACGCUUGAUAAGGAAUAUGAUGUUGCCGUAGAAGCCAUUCGAUUAGUCACAUUAAUACUUCAUGGAAGUGAAGAAGCUUUGUCCAAUGAAGACUGUGAGAAUGUUUAUCAUUUGGUGUAUUCUGCACAUCGACCUGUUGCAGUAGCAGCAGGGGAGUUUCUUCACAAAAAACUGUUUAGUCGGCAUGACCCUCAAGCAGAAGAAGCACUAGCCAAGAGGAGAGGACGGAACAGUCCAAAUGGGAAUCUUAUUAGGAUGUUGGUCCUUUUCUUUCUUGAAAGUGAGUUGCAUGAACAUGCAGCUUACUUGGUUGACAGUUUAUGGGAGAGCUCCCAAGAAUUGUUAAAAGACUGGGAAUGCAUGACAGAAUUGCUGCUGGAAGAGCCUGUCCAAGGUGAAGAAGCAAUGUCUGAUCGGCAGGAAAGUGCACUUAUAGAGCUGAUGGUAUGUACAAUUCGACAAGCUGCAGAAGCACAUCCUCCAGUGGGCAGGGGAACUGGGAAGAGGGUUUUAACAGCAAAAGAAAGAAAAACUCAGAUAGAUGAUCGAAACAAACUAACAGAACACUUCAUUAUUGCACUUCCAAUGCUACUGUCAAAGUAUUCUGCUGAUGCAGAAAAAGUGGCAAACCUUCUUCAAAUCCCUCAAUAUUUUGACUUGGAAAUUUACAGUACAGGAAGAAUGGAAAAGCAUUUGGAUGGCCUAUUGAAGCAGAUUAAAUUUGUUGUAGAAAAGCAUGUGGAAUCAGAUGUUCUUGAAGCCUGCAGCAAAACAUACAGCAUUCUGUGUAGUGAAGAAUAUACCAUUCAGAACAGAGUUGACAUAGCUCACAGCCAGCUCAUUGAUGAAUUUGUGGACCGAUUCAACCAUUCUGUAGAGGAUCUUUUGAAUGAGGGAGAAGAAGCUGAUGAUGAUGACAUAUACAAUGUUCUUUCCACUUUAAAGAGGUUAACGUCUUUUCACAAUGCUCACGAUCUUACAAAAUGGGAUUUGUUUAGUAACUGCUACAGAUUACUGAGGACUGGAAUUGAGCAUGGAGCUAUGCCAGAGCAGAUAGUGGUUCAGGCUCUUCAGUGUUCCCAUUAUUCUAUCCUCUGGCAGCUGGUGAAAAUUACAGAAGGAUCUCCUUCAAAAGAAGAUUUGUUGGUGUUGAGGAAAACAGUGAAAUCAUUUCUGGCUGUUUGCCAACAGUGUCUAUCAAAUGUCAACACUCCAGUCAAAGAACAGGCUUUCAUGCUGCUUUGUGAUCUCUUGAUGAUUUUUAGCCACCAGUUGAUGAGUGGAGGCAGGGAAGGUCUUCAACCUUUGGUGUUUAAUCCAGAUUCGGGACUCCAGUCUGAACUCCUUAGCUUUGUAAUGGACCAUGUUUUCAUCGACCAGGAUGAUGAGAACCAGAGCAUGGAGGGAGAUGAAGAGGAUGAAGCUAAUAAAAUUGAAGCUUUACACAAGAGAAGAAAUCUUUUGGCUGCCUUUAGCAAGCUUAUAAUUUAUGAUAUUGUAGACAUGCAUGCAGCAGCUGAUAUCUUCAAACAUUAUAUGAAGUACUAUAAUGACUAUGGGGAUAUCAUUAAGGAGACAUUGAGUAAAACAAGGCAAAUUGAUAAAAUCCAGUGUGCAAAAACCCUCAUCCUCAGUUUGCAGCAGCUGUUUAAUGAGCUUGUUCAAGAACAAGGUCCAAACUUGGAUAGGACAUCUGCCCAUGUCAGUGGUAUUAAGGAGUUGGCCCGAAGGUUUGCUCUUACAUUUGGCCUGGACCAGAUCAAGACGAGAGAGGCUGUAGCCACGUUACACAAGGAUGGCAUAGAAUUUGCUUUUAAAUAUCAGAAUCAGAAAGGCCAGGAAUAUCCCCCUCCUAACCUUGCUUUCUUGGAAGUGCUUAGUGAAUUUUCUUCUAAACUCCUGCGGCAGGACAAAAAGACAGUUCACACUUACUUGGAGAAGUUCCUGACAGAACAGAUGAUGGAAAGGAGGGAAGAUGUGUGGCUUCCUCUAAUUUCCUACAGAAAUUCAUUAGUUACAGGUGGUGAGGAUGAUAGGAUGUCUGUGAAUAGUGGAAGCAGCAGCAGCAAAGCUUCUUCAGUGAGAAAUAAGAAAGGCCGACCUCCACUUCACAAGAAAAGGGUUGAGGAUGAGAAUCUUGAAGGCUCCUGGCUGAAUAGAAAUGACAGCAUCCAAACUCCAGGGGCUCUACAGACUCCACAGCUCACAUCAACGGUAUUGAGGGAGAACACUCGGCAAAUUGGAGAGCAAAUUCAGGAGCAUGAGGCAGAACCUGGAUCUGAACAAGAUUUUUUACACAAUCCUCAGAUGCAGAUAUCUUGGCUGGGCCAACAGAAAUUAGAAGACUUAAGUCGAAAGGACAGGACAGGAAUGAACUACAUGAAAGGAAGAAGUGGCGUAAGACAUGCAGUACGGGGUCUAAUGGAGGAUGAUGCUGAGCCCAUCUUUGAAGAUGUAAUGAUGUCUUCACGAGGUCAGUUAGAGGACAUGAAUGAGGAAUUCGAAGACACCAUGGUCAUUGAUCUGCCCCCUUCAAGAAACAGACGAGAACGAGCUGAAUUGAGGCCAGAUUUCUUUGACUCUGCAGCUAUCAUUGAGGAUGAUUCGGGGUUUGGAAUGCCAAUGUUCUGAAGUCUGGCGAAGAUAAUAUACAAAUGUGGAACUCUGUUCUUUAGAGCUCAAGGCCUAUAUACUGUGAUAGCUUAUAUGAAAACCACAUUUUUGAUGUGAUUUGGUUUGAUUUUUAACCAGACAAUUAAGGUCAUUUCCUUUUUGUAAUGAGAGAGAAGAGGAGCUUCUUAAUGAAACAAGAAAUAUUGCCAGUCACUUCAGAAAGGAUGACCUACAAAUCAUUUGUUUCCCUGUCCUUGACAGUUCUAAUACAGGUUCUUUUCCUGGAUGGGGAGAAGCUUUUAAAUUAAAACAGUUAAAAAAUAAACACUGUUCUACACCGUUUCAGAAAAUAUUGAAUGAAAACAAAACUUUUUAAAUUUAUUUUUCUGCUGUACAACUUCAAAAUGUUUUAACAUUUGCCUUUUUAUGUUUUAGAAGCUAGCCAUUUUAUUAAAUUUAUGCCUGUCAGCCAUUGACCAGCAGCAAUGCUAUCAGCAGGCCAUUCUGGCUGGAGAAGUGUUGUUAAACACACUGGAUGCGACUAGCAGUAUGGUAUGCUUCUAGAUCCUCUCUGACCAUUGAGAGCGGAACACUCUUACUAAAGAGGUUAGAAGUUAGACGUGUGCAUCUCUGCCAAAAAGUCAGAUUCUGAAAAGAAAAAAAUCCAGAUUUUAUACUUCUGAGAAGAUUUAUUUUUAUUUAUAAUAGGGCAUAAAUUAAGAGAUGUCCAUGAAGCCACUUUUCCAACAGACGCUGUGUAACAUUCAUUUUAUAUAGCACUAGGGGAACACACAAACAGCACAUUUUCUAUUGGUACUUGUUCUGUGCAUUUUUAGCAACUUAUACCAGCAAAUAAAAUAUUCUCAGAAAAAUAAACCAGUGGUUCUAAAGUAAUCUAUUUGCUGUUUCUACUACCUAUUUCAUGGCCUGUCAGAUCUGAGGUUCAAACGCAGCAACUUUCCUAUGGAGCAUAAUUCACCGGGUGAGUGGUUGGGUGGAGGGAGACCUGAGUCACACUUGCAUUUUCAAAGCAAUUUUAACUAUACCAUACAGAAGCGUCUAACUUUCUAUGCCGUAAAUUCCCUUUUGUGCUAUUUUUGUAAAUUAAUUUUGCCAGUUAGAUUUACUGUAUGUGCUGCAUAGAAACUUGUGCUUAGAUGGUGACGUUCUUAAGCUUACAAUGGAAUACAGCUACAUUCUCAGUGUUAACUGUGCAUUAUUAAGAGUAAUUAUUAAAUGGUUUUUUUCUAAAAAGCAGAACAAUCCAAAAAAGCGAUGAGCUAAUUAAUUGUUUUAAGAGAUAUUCAAUGUCUUCAAUUAUCUGGACUUUCAUUCUGCUUAGAUAUUAUUAUUCUUCCUGGUAGCUGCUAAUGUCGUUAAAGGACUGAUUUUGUUCCUCAGUGGUGAUUAAUAUCUGUGAAAAAAUGAGGCCAAGCUAGUCUUCUUUUUGGAGUUUGAAUUUAAGCAGAUCUAAAUUGACCCAAUUUUAAUACAGCUACUUAAAUGUUUUAUAGCAGCUGUACAAUAACUGCCAUACUUCCUUAAGGGUUAUUUUAAUGAAUUCAAGAUGCAUCCAAUGCUUAUCUUUUGGGAUACAAAGACAACACACACGAAUCAUGUUACUUUCAUUUAGUAAGUUGGGAUAUUUUCCCCCUAAAAACUGUACAGUUCUUAAAUUAUGGUUGCCAAAAACAUUUGACCUAAUAAUUCAACCAUUCUUUCAAGAUAAUUUAGGAAUUAUAAAGUUGCUAAAGUCACUGAGUUGGUGCUUCAGGACAAAGUGCAGGUACUCCCUCCAAAGUGGACAAUAAUGGGUGCAGUAGCACUUCAGUUUUGUGGGCAGAGUGGCAUAACUGCUGCUGGUUUGAGUCCAUCAGAGACAGACUUUGUGCUUCAUAGCCCUUCAUACAGAAAACUGAUCAUUAUAAAAUUCUGUAAAACAAAAGCAGUUUACAAGUACCUCCAAUGAAUUUCCAAUUUAGUUUGCGGUCAACAGAUUUUUUAUAUGUGUCUCCUUGAUUGGUUUUGCUAGUAAUUCUGUAAAUUGUACAUUUACAAUUGAGGUUUUUCCUUUUGUACAAUUUAAAACUGAUGCUUCACUUUUCCUUUAAUAAACUCCUCAAAAUCACAUGUGCAGUGGAGUCCUUUCCACAAAAGCAUUUAAAAAUGGAUGCUUCUGUUUUGGUCUGUCUUCCACUAAAUAUUUUCCUGUAGUGAAGCUUGACGAGCGAUGUUAUUUUAUUCCUUAUGUCUGCUAUUCCUUCUGUUUGCCCAGCAUUCUGGGUAGAUCAGAUGCUGAGCGGUUUUUUCUUUUGCAGUAAGACUAAACAACUCUACUAUUCUAUGAUUCUAUGAAAUGUUUCGCUUUCAAGUGAAACAUUUAAACAUCUAUAAAACCUUACAUUGUUUCAAGCAGUUGCUCUUCCCUACCUGUACCUAGUUUGCCAUUGAAGUAAACAGCAAAUGCGAAUGUAGAGUUGAGAUUAGGGCUGAUACUGUGACCUGUAUUGUCUGCAGAAAACAUUUUCAGAAUCUGAUUUCAGGUUUCUGAAGGAUACAGUUUUCAUUUUUUUAAAAAAGCUGCAUUAUGUGUGUCUACAAAAGCCCUCUGGACUUCAGUAGAUGCUCCCUCUCCCUGUCAAUACACUUAUUGUCCAGUGCUAACAUAGACCUCUCCCACCACUACUCUGAUGAUUUGCACAAAAAAUGUUCAAAAUAAAGCAUUUAAUAAAUUAUUGGGAAACUGCUGGAACUUUUGCAGCUAUGAAGUUCCUAUAAGUGAAACUUUAUCUGAUAGUAUAAGAAGAAAUGCAGAAUUCUGACAAGCGUUUGGCUGAAAAUGGCCAGAAACUUGAAUCAGGCUUCCAUAGUCUGCCUUUGUCUUAGUUAGUGAUAUGAAGUACUUCUAACUGCUCACAUUUGCCAGGUGUAGAGAAAAGUUGUAGUGGAACAACUUGCCAUGCACGCUAGAUUGCAGAACUGGCUUUGACACAUAUAAUGUGGUUUCUGGGUUCCAUGGUGGAAAAAGAGUGGGGUGUGCAUUUAAGUAAUUUUUUUAAAUCUCUCCAGAUAUGUGGUCUUCUACAUCUCUUCUUAUUGGUAGAAUUCCUGUAGCUCCUGCGUAUCCUAAGAACAGAAUUAUCUUGCAUAGGCAGGAGUGGGAGAUAACUUCUUGUUCUUAGCUCCCUUGGAUAGUUAUUCCUACCGCUAGGGUCCAGGAGUCACACAACACAAUUAUUGGGCGCCUUGAUGUAAAUUAUGUUUAACUUAUCUGUUUGAAUUCUUUUUAAAUUCACCUCUGACAAAGGAAGCAGUUCUUCCUGAAGGAUGCAGCAGCCUUACCUACACUGAGCAAGGAGAACAUUUAGUCACCACCUCUACUGUGGCCCUAUCCAAUCUAUUCAUUGGCAACAGUACUUGUCUUACAGAUGGAACACACUUUGGAAUUCUGUGCAGUUGUGAUAACCCAUAUGAAAAUAUAAUGAAAGUCUGUGUUGUAAAGAACAUCUGCUAUUUUGAAAGGAUUGAACCCUGGAUUGGAUACUGGUACUUCAGUGACAAUAUUAGAACAGAGUCUGUUGCAAUGGAAUGUUUGAGGAAUAGGUCCCAAUUUUUAAUCAUAACAUGUUCACUGUCAUUUCUUGGUUCCCUAAUGAAGUACAAAUAUAAACAGGUUUAAAUAUUAAUACUAUUAAUCUUUAUGCCAACAGUUUUAGUAGUACCAUGUGUUGGGUGCUACAUUGCUGCAACAUAAUCUCUCUGCCCAGAGGAGUUAGCAACCAUAGUAAGAAAGAAAAAUAUGGACAGAAGAUUAAAGGAGGUUGUCAUCAUGAUGCUCAAUAGAGCUCAAACGCUUUGUGAUCUCUUGAUACUUGAAGUUUUUGCUUGGCAUUACUAUACAUCCUGUGUAAGGUGCCCAUCUGUUGUCUUAGCAAUGUCAUUUGGAACGACUUGUGACAGUAUUCUCUGGUUAUAUCAGCCAGUUUAUUUUGCCUUUUUUAUAUUGUCCUAUCCAUCACUAGCUGCUACUCUUAUUAGUUAAAUACAUCUUGAAUGAUGCAAGUAUGCUGGCAGGUUGUCUUGUCCAAAUUAAUUAUCCUGAUGUGUUCAUUAAAAUGUUUACUGUUUGUAAAUGGUGUUUAAUAUCCUUUCAGUUAUCAGAACAAGAUUAUGAACGCAUCCAAAUUCUGCAUACCACGCAGGAAUAUUAAAAAAACACAUAACUGGCUUAUGAACAUUGUUUCUUUCUGACCUCAAACUAUGUUGUCAUCAAUCCAUGCUGUUCUUGUUUCUAACAUAUGUCCUUAACCAUGUUAGACACAUAGUCUUUCCUUGUUUUAACCCUAUAUGGUUAAUAACCCGUUAUUUACCAACACACUUGUAAAUGUGUUUUAAUCGCUGUCUACACUCUUUAUCUCUGAACUACAGUAGCAUUGCAGAGAUAAGGUGGACUUAAAAGGUGGGAUUUGUAAAUACUUAGGGCUACAUAAAUACCCGUUUGUAUAGUUCUUCUCUAAAUUGUUUGUAUUGGAAAUUUAUUGUAGUUUUACUAACAAUUACAGAAGAAUCUUGGAACAGAUUACUACAAUAUAAUAAACAG